AUGGACAAUAAAGAAAAUGAACCAAAGUUGUUAAGUUGUAUGAUAAAAGGUGUAGGUCCUGCUCCUAUAUAUAAAUUACAGACUUUAGUUGGAUAUGAAGGUCAUUGUUUAUCUCGACCAAGAGGUCCUGCAUAUACUAUAAGACCUCGGACAGAAAUUCAAAUACCAAGUAUUGGACCUGGACCUCAGUAUAAUAUAUCAAAAUUAACAAAUUAUGGAAUAGAUAGUUCACCAGCAUAUACAAUAGCUGGUCGAGAACCAUUUAAAAGUAA